UUUUUUUUUCUCCGUCAUCUUGAAUUCUUGAUUGCCGGCCUUCAACUUCCUCUUUCCGUGACACGAUAUACAAUAUUACAAUGGCGACCGGAACUCUUUACACAUACCCAGAGAACUUCAGAGCCUACAAGGCCUUGGUUGCUGCUCAAUUCUCCGGCAGCCAGGUUAAAAUUGCUGAAAAUUUUGUCUUUGGUGAAACCAACAAAACUGAAGCAUUUUUGAAAAAAUUUCCUCUUGGAAAAGUACCAGUUUUUGAGACCAAGGAUGGCAAAUGUAUCACUGAGAGCAAUGCCAUUGCAUACUAUGUUUCAAAUGAACAAAUGAGAGGUAAAAAUGACCUUGAAAAAGCUGAGAUUAUCCAAUGGCUUGGUUUUGCUGAUUCAGAAAUUUUACCAGCAAGUUGUGCCUGGGUAUUUCCACUUCUUGGAAUAAUGCCAUACAACAAAAAGACUAUUGAAAAUGCCAAGGAAGACAUCACAAGAGCCUUGACAUACUUGAACAAUUAUCUUCUUCCAAAAACUUAUUUGGUUGGUGAACGUAUAACUCUUGCUGAUAUUUGUGUUGCAAUGACACUUCUUCAUCUUUAUCAGCAUGUACUUGAGCCAAAAGCACGUGAAUCAUAUGGAAAUGUUAAUAGAUGGUUUCAAACAAUUAUUAAUCAACCACAAACAGUUAAUGUUAUUGGUGAAUUUAAAUUAGCUGAUAAAGCACUUGAAUAUGAUCCAAAAAAAUUCAAUCAAGAUAAACCUAAAAAAGAAAAACCAGCACCAAAAGAAAAUAAAAAAGCUCCAAAAGUUGUUGAAGUUGCUGAUGAAGCUGAUGAUGUUGAAACAGCAGCACCACCAUCAAAAGAUCCAUGGGAAGCAUUACCAAAAGGAAAAUUUGAUAUGGAUGAUUUUAAACGUAAUUAUUCAAAUAAUGAUGUUGAUGUAUCUAUUCCAUAUUUCUGGCAAAAAUUUGAUCCAGAAAAUUAUAGUAUUUGGUAUUGUGAAUACAAAUAUAAUGAUGAAUUAACUAAAACAUUUAUGUCAUGUAAUUUAAUGGGUGGUAUGUAUCAACGUAUUGAAAAAAUGAGAAAAGGUGCAUUUGCCAGUAUGUGUCUGUGGGGUGGUGACAAUGACAGCACAAUCAGUGGUGUUUGGGUAUGGCGUGGACAUGAUCUUGCUUUCACUUUGAGUCCAGAUUGGCAAAUUGACUACGAGACAUACAGCUGGAAAAAACUUGAACCCAAGGAUGCUGAAACAAAAGCUCUUGUUGAGCAAUACUUUAGCUGGGUUGGAACUGACAAAGAUGGCAGAAAAUUCACUGAAGGAAAGAUCUUCAAGUAAAAAUAUUAAAUAAAAUAUAUAAUUUAACAGAUUCAGUCUGAUUUUUACCAAUACGACAACAAACAACAACAACAUCCUUAUUCAAAUAAAAUAAAUAAAAAAAAAUAAUACUACAUGGCUUUGUUUAAAUAAUUUAAAAACACCUUUCGUUUUUUUUUGUAAACAAUUUUUUGAUACUUAAUUUAUUAAUGUUAACAAAAUAAUAACAAUUAAAAUCCUUUGGACUCUAGCCAUUGACGUACUUUUGUAACAUAAUCACCACGAAAAUGUAUUACUCCAUGUGGUUCAAGAAUUUGAGAUCCAAUUUUAUCACCAGUUAUUUUUUCAAGAUGUUCACGUAAUUCUGCCUCAAGUGCAACAAUAUCACCUUGAAUUUUACGAACUGUUGUUAGUCUUCUCAAUCCACGAUCACGUCUUUUUAAAUAAACAGCAAGUUGAUGAUUCUUUGAUCGUUCAAUAAAAUAAGCAUUGUUUCUCGACUCAGCUAUAAUAAAAAUUAAAAAAUUAAAUAUUUAUUUAAUCACCAGCUUAUUGUUUGAUCAAUAAUUAGACUAGAUUGUAAUUACGAUUUUGUGCUCUCCAGCCAGAUGGUAAACCAUCAAAUGCAUUUUUAGGUGGUUCUGGUAUAUAUUUUGAUUUCAUACAUCUCUCAACGUAUGACCAACUUUUUGGAUCUUUUAUAACUUCAAAAUCUGUGUAAUCAAUAUUUUCCUGGACCAUUGGUGAAUUCUCAAAACGUGCCCAUCUUUUAACAACCUUAAAAAAUAAGCCAAUAACAACAAUUAAAUUUAACUCCAAAAAAUCCAUCAAUAAAU